UUCUUCUUCAAUAAAACACUAAAAAUAUAAUCAUUCUGCUGUCACUUUUCUCUGGAUCAAGUAACAAAGCAAAAAUUAAUUUAUCUGUGCUCAUUCCAUUCCCGGCAGUCAAAGUGUGAACAUUGUGAGAAAAAUAAAAUCGAAUUCCUAACAAAAUUGUUAACUUCAAACUGAACAUUGAAUAUCGUAGGCAAACAAAAACAAAAUCUUUGUCGCAAAAUGUCGGACGAGCCCAUGGAAGAACUGCCAGGGGUACCAGCGAAAAGCAGAAUAGUCAAAUAUACGGAUGUCCUGAGCCAAAGCGAGCUGGAAGAACUCAUAAAGCCAGUGGAUGACUCUGACUCUGACGGUGAUGAUGGGGAUGGGGAUGACGAAGGGAUCUCCAGUUCCCAGCACGAGCGCAACUGCAAAGAGUGGGAGAAGUUGUCAGCAUACAUCAAAAUUCCACACCACUAUAUCGAACUGAUAAUGGAAUCGAAUGGUGUGGAGCUGCCAGCAAACUCCCAGAAAUUGGAGUUUUCAAUCCGCUCGAUUCCGCCCGAGACCGUGCCCAUCAUGAAUGAGGCGCUGGUCUGCGAGGCUGCUUUCCGCCAGGGAACGAAACACUCCACAGAAUGGACCCUGGAAACGGAUGUGCAGCAACUGGAAGCAGAGCUGAAGAAAGCUCGUGUCACACCAUUGACGGAUCAUCUGUCCAGGUUGACUAAAAGCGGCCGCUACCCGCGCCUUGGAGGAAAUCACGACAGUCAGUCGAAGACACUGCUCUCACCGCAAGUUCCAGCGAAAGAAUCUCAGAAGAGUCUGCGUCAACGUCGCAUAAAAGAGGCCUGCAAGAAGGAAGCACUUCGCCAGUGGCAGCAACUGCAAUCGAUGCAGAAAUAA